AGGAACAGAGGAUCCUUCUUCCAAAGGUAUAUAUAGAAAUGAGUAGCAGAGUGAAGCGUCGACGGUAAUUCAUUCCAGCUUCUCCAAAACUCUGCGUGCUAUUUCCUCUGACCAAUUCAAUACAAUCGAUUUCGGGUGCAUUCCAGAGCAGCCAUGGCUUCUCUCAACUCAACCCGACGCGACGACGACGAUUCGAAAAAAAGAAGAAGAAGCUAAUUUGGUGUUUCGCUGCUUUUAAUCAUUGAAUUUCCACGUUUUGGUAACUUAAUUCGGCUAGAGUAGGUGGUUUUGGUACGAGAGGAUUUCUUUGCGAGGACGUUGACAUUGAACAGGCCUCGGCAACUGAAUGCCCUUAACUUUGAAAUGAUUUCUCGACUGUUGGAACUUUUCCUUGCAUAUGAGGAGGAUGCUAAUGUCAAGUUGGUGAUUCUCAAGGGGAAAGGAAGAGCAUUUUGUGCUGGUGGUGAUGUAGCGGCUGUGGUUCGUGAUAUUAAUGAAGGAAAUUGGAGAUUAGGUGCAAUUUUUUUUCGAAAGGAGUUUACCUUGAACUACUUAAUGGCAACAUACAGUAAACCACAGGUUUCAAUUCUGAAUGGAAUUGUCAUGGGAGGUGGGGCUGGUGCUUCCAUCCAUGGUAGAUUCCGUGUUGCAACUGAGAAUUCAGUUUUCGCAAUGCCAGAAACAGCUCUGGGACUUUUUCCAGAUGUAGGUGCCUCUUAUUAUUUGUCCAGGCUUCCUGGAUUCUUUGGAGAAUAUGUUGGUCUUACAGGUGCCAGAUUGGAUGGUGCUGAAAUGCUUGCUUGUGGUCUUGCAACUCACUUUGUUCCCUCAACGAGGCUGUCCUCUCUUGAAGCAGAUCUAUGCAAAGUUGAUUCAAGUGAGUUUGCAACAAUUCAAGCUAUUUUGGAUCAAUACUCGCAGCAUCCAGCUCUAAAAGAGAAAAGUGCUUAUUACCGGAUGGAUGUUAUUGACAAGUGCUUUUCUAGAAGAACAGUGGAAGAAAUUUUAUCUGCCCUCGAGGAGGAGGCUGCAAAGAGGGCAAAUGAUUGGUUAUCGACAACAAUUCAAUCUCUAAAAAAGGCAUCACCAAUGAGUUUGAAGAUUUCUUUGAGAUCAAUUAGAGAAGGAAGGCUUCAGGGAGUUGGUCAAUGCCUUGUUCGUGAAUAUAGAAUGGUUUCUCAUGUUCUGCGAGGAGAAGUCAGCAAGGAUUUCAGAGAGGGUUGCAGAGCUAUAUUGUUGGACAAGGAUAGGAACCCAAAGUGGGAGCCUUCUAAAUUGGAGCUUAUCAAUGAUCAUAUGGUUGAGCAGUACUUCUCUAAGUUGGAUGAUGAAGAAUGGGAAGAGUUAAAGCUCCCCGCAAGAUUCAACUUGCCUGUAACUGCCAUUGCAAAGCUUUGAGUAUUUGGCACACUCGACCAUUAUAACUUGCAGCCUAUUUAGUUUCUGUUCUGGCGUCAGCAGGCACGUAUACAAACACCACUUUAAUUCAUGUUACUAAAUACCAAUAUCAUGUAUUCUGCCAUGUACUAGAUGGUUCUUGUAUCGGCAACAUUAUAUUUUCUGUCUCAUGGCUGCUAGUCUAGGUGAAAUAAAUUCCCGGUUCAGUUGAAUUCUAAGCAUAUAAAAUGCACACUCGCACACUAUCACAGUUGAUGAUCUUCAUGUUCUCAUGCCCUGUAUAAAUACAAAAGCUUUUAUCCUAGAGUUUUCCAGAUAAA